CCAGUCGGACAACAUAACCGGGAUGGACCCAUUUCUGGUUGUGUUGCAGUAAAAUCGGUCCGGGUCGGUAAGUACUAGGUGAAGGUUCAUAGAGCUGCGGGGAAAGAACGCUGAAGGAAAGGAGCACCGACAGUUGAACAGACGAACUCAGCGACCAGAGCAGAAAGUCAAAAUGUCCAAACAGCCGCAGCCGAUCAGUCCGAUGAAGAACUUCUUCGCCGGAGGAUUCGGAGGCAUCUGCCUGGUUUUCGCAGGACAUCCACUCGAUACCAUUAAAGUGCGGUUACAAACUCAGCCCAAACCCAAACCUGGGGAGAGCCUCAUCUACACCGGAACAAUUGACUGUUUCAAAAAGACUUUGGCCAAAGAGGGCAUGACAGGACUUUACAGAGGCAUGGCAGCCCCCAUCAUUGGGGUCACACCCAUGUUUGCCGUCUGUUUCUUUGGAUUCGGACUCGGCAAGAAACUGCAGCAGAAAAGUCCCGACGAUGUCCUUACGUAUCCACAGCUCUUUGCUGCCGGAACGCUCUCUGGGGUUUUCACCACAGCCAUCAUGGCUCCUGGAGAACGGAUCAAAUGCCUGCUACAGAUUCAAGCAGUGUCCAAGGAGCUCAAGUACGCCGGCCCGAUGGACUGUGUGAAGCAGCUCUACAGAGAGUCAGGGAUCAGAGGAAUCUACAAAGGCACCGCGCUGACACUCAUGAGAGAUGUUCCGGCCAGUGGGAUGUAUUUCAUGUCCUAUGAGUGGCUGAAGAAUCUUCUGACACCAGCAGGGAAAAGCCAUAACGAACUCAGUGUUCCCAGCGUGCUGUUUGCUGGAGGAAUGGCUGGAAUCUGCAACUGGGCCGUGGCCAUUCCACCUGACGUUCUCAAGUCCCGUUUUCAGACAGCUCCUGAGGGAAAAUAUCCCAACGGUUUCCGGGAUGUUCUGCGGGAGCUGAUAAGAGAGGAGGGCGUGGCCUCGCUGUACAAAGGCUUCACGGCUGUCAUGCUCAGAGCUUUCCCUGCCAACGCAGAAUGUUUCUUAGGAUUUGAAGUCGCAAUGAAGUUCCUCAACUGGUUGGCACCGAACCUGUGAUGAAAGUUACCGUCACCUCAAAUGUGAAUCCAAGGAACAGAACUGUACAGAACUGUGUAGCCGCAGUACUAGCAGUACAUACAGUACACGGUACUCACGAUCUCUGAAUCAGAAAAUACAAAGAGGUUUUAAUGUUUUUUUUUUUCCCAAUAAUGUACUUGAUUAUCUCCUGACCUCAUAGCACCAGAUCACCUGAAAGGUUCCGUUCCGUGUCGUCGUCAUCGUGACUCGGUACCAGAACCACCACAAAGUCAAACACAGUGGAGCGCGUUCACUCUGUUAGUUUUAUGAUUUAUUUUAGUUUUAAUUUGUCUUUUUAAUAUGGGAGUUUAGAGUGAACUGAACAUGUUGUGCCUUAUCUCUGUGCAGGUGUACACAUCAGGUGCAUUUUGUUAUAACCUGUGUUCAGUCUCUCAGCAAUACCGACCCCUCAGACGGGUGUUCACUUCCUGUUUGGUCUGACCUCAGAUACUGACUUCCAGUCCAGUCAUUACUACGUCAUAUGAACAGAUCAUGAUCGACGGCAUGUGAGAAAAACUUCAUUCUCUAGAAUCUAUAGUUAAGAAUGUAAACCGUCUCUAGGGGGCGCUGCACAGAAUAGAUGUUUAAUUGAUCAUUGGAUGAUUUUUUUCCUCACAAAAAUUCACCACGUGGUCGUAAAAUACCUUAAAUGGUGAAGUUGUUGAAAAAGUCUGACUAAAACCAGAAAUAAACUAUUUAAUUUAAAGGAAAUUAAAUGAAAUGUGUUGUUUGGGUCUAAAAUUUAAAUAUAUUUUUAAUUUGCUGCAAAGAGAGAAAAAUUCUAAAAUGUAUUUUGAGAAGCUGAAAACGGUUUUUAUCCAACAACGAUUGAUCCUUUAAACUUUGAUUAGUAGUAAAACCGUUAAUAACUAAAGGUUAGAACUCUGAUCUUUUCUGUAAAUGUAUUCAGCUUUAAGAUUUAUUUAAAGAGGUGCUGGUAAUAAAACAAUGUUGACAAUAAA